GUGCUUCUUCUGCCUGAUUUUAGCCAAAGGAUGCUCCGCCCUGCCUUGAUUUCUAUGGAGACCACCGAGCUGGUGCGGCUUCUAUGGACACUUCUUCUUGCUUCUUCUCUACCCCUCAAGGUCUUCACCUCCACCUGCAGCUUGGCGUUAACCCUGGGUCCAGGGCGCCUGUGAUGAACGUGAGGAGAGAUCCUGAAGACCCUCGCUCCUCUGCUGAGCAGCGAUGGCCAGGCACCUUCCGCACCCAGUCCUAACGUGGGUCCGACCAUCACCGGAAGGCAAGUGCUAAGACUAACAGCUGAUUUGCAUUUUAUUUAAAUUUGAUGGACUGAAUUUUGGACAGUUUCCAUGGCAGAAAAAUAUAUUUCAUUUUCUGGACACAACGGCUGGCAGUCAGAUACUUGCUGCCUUCGUACCGUGUGGCCAGAUCACUGACCUCACCCCAGAGGCGUUUCCACAGUGGAACAUCUGCCCCCAGGCAAGGUGUGUGGGAGAUCCGGCCUCUGAUUUAGGCUCAGAAGUGCCAGGCUGUUUCUCUAGACCUGUGAAGGUCUGGAGAGCAGUGUUGAGUCCCCAGGCCGAGAGCAUGGGGUGUGCUGAUUUAAAAACAGAAAAUGCAAAGUUGGACUGAAAAUAUCCUUAGUCUUCCAAGCAAUCUGCUUAAGGGUUCCAAACUUACCUUCUUUUGGUGAGCAAAGAGGCUGCCCUAUUUUCCCCCCUUUCUUUCUUUCUUGUUUUCUUCUUCUUGUACAACUGGAACCAGCCAUUUCCCAAAGCCACCACCAUGGAGGUCGCAAUGGUGAGUGCGGAGAGCUCAGGGUGCAACAGUCACAUGCCUUAUGGGUACGCGGCCCAGGCCCGGGCCCGGGAACGCGAGAGGCUGGCCCACUCCAGGGCCGCUGCGGCUGCGGCUGUCGCAGCAGCCACUGCUGCUGUGGAAGGCAGUGGAGGAUCUGGGGGGUCCCACCACCACCACCAGACCCGGGGCGCCUGCACCUCCCAUGAGCCUCAGGGCGGCCGUGGUAGUCGAAGGAGGAAGCGACAGCGGCCCGAGAAGAAGAAAGUCCACCACCGGCAGGGCAGCUUCCCUCACUGCUCUGAUCUGAUGCCCAGUGGCUCUGAGGAGAAGAUCCUGAGGGAGUUGAGUGAGGAGGAGGACGAGGAGGAAGAAGAGGAGGAAGAGGAGGAGGAGGGGAGGUUCUACUACAGCGAGGAGGACCAUGGCGACGAGUGUUCCUACACGGACCUGCUGCCCCAGGAGGAUGGUGGUGGUGGCGGCUACAGCUCGGUCCGCUAUAGUGACUGCUGUGAGCGUGUGGUCAUCAACGUGUCCGGCCUGCGCUUCGAGACCCAGAUGAAAACCUUGGCCCAGUUUCCAGAGACUCUGCUGGGGGACCCUGAGAAGAGGACUCAGUACUUUGACCCUUUGCGCAACGAGUAUUUUUUUGACAGGAACAGGCCCAGCUUUGAUGCCAUCUUGUAUUAUUACCAGUCGGGAGGGCGCCUGAAGAGGCCAGUCAAUGUGCCCUUCGACAUCUUCACUGAGGAGGUGAAGUUCUACCAGCUGGGCGAGGAGGCCCUACUCAAGUUCCGAGAGGAUGAAGGGUUCGUAAGGGAAGAGGAGGACAGGGCCCUGCCAGAGAAUGAGUUCAAAAAGCAGGUCUGGCUCCUCUUCGAGUAUCCGGAGAGCUCCAGUCCCGCCAGGGGCAUCGCCAUUGUGUCAGUCCUGGUCAUUUUGAUCUCCAUCGUCAUCUUUUGCCUGGAGACCUUGCCCGAGUUCAGGGACGACAGGGACCUGGUCAUGGCGCUGAGUGCCGGUGGGCACAGCGGGUCCAUGAAUGACACCUCGGUGCCCCGCCUGGAGAACUCGGGGCACACAAUCUUCAACGAUCCCUUCUUCAUUGUGGAGACCGUGUGCAUUGUGUGGUUUUCCUUUGAGUUUGUGGUCCGCUGCUUUGCCUGUCCCAGCCAAGCCCUCUUCUUCAAAAACAUCAUGAACAUCAUUGACAUCGUCUCCAUCUUGCCUUACUUCAUCACCCUGGGCACGGAUCUGGCCCAGCAGCAGGAGGGCAGCAACGGGCAGCAGCAGCAGGCCAUGUCCUUUGCCAUCCUCAGGAUCAUCCGUCUGGUCCGCGUGUUCCGUAUCUUCAAGCUCUCCAGACACUCCAAAGGCUUGCAGAUCCUGGGCCACACACUCCGAGCCAGCAUGCGCGAGCUGGGCCUUCUCAUCUUCUUCCUCUUCAUCGGGGUCAUCCUCUUCUCCAGUGCUGUGUAUUUCGCAGAGGCGGAUGAGCCCACCACCCAUUUCCAAAGCAUCCCCGAUGCGUUCUGGUGGGCUGUGGUCACCAUGACAACUGUGGGCUAUGGGGACAUGAAGCCCAUCACGGUGGGGGGCAAGAUCGUGGGGUCCCUGUGUGCCAUUGCGGGUGUCCUAACCAUUGCUUUGCCAGUGCCAGUGAUCGUCUCUAACUUCAACUAUUUCUACCACAGAGAGACUGAAAAUGAGGAACAGACGCAGCUGACACAGAAUGCAGUCAGCUGCCCGUACCUCCCUUCCAAUUUGCUCAAGAAGUUUCGAAGCUCCACCUCUUCCUCCCUGGGGGACAAGUCUGAGUAUCUGGAGAUGGAGGAAGGGGUGAAGGAGUCCCUGUGUGGGAAGGACGAGCAGUGUCAGGGGAGGGGCGAAGACAGCGAGGCAGAUAAGAACAACUGUUCCAACGCAAAGGCUGUGGAGACCGAUGUGUGAAUGGCUCUCUCCACCAGCCACGGCCCCCUGGCAUCUCCAAAUAUAUUUAUGCAUAGACAGUGCAGUUAUGAAAAUGAAAUAUGCAAAUGAGUCCAAUGCAUACGGUAGUAGCCAUGGAAUGGUAAUACGUGGCAUAAUUGUUACUAAACUUGUAUCACAUGUCAAAUAAAUGAAACAUCUUGGAGAAGAGGGAGGCUUAAAUAGGAGCAAAUCUAUCUUUAUAUUUUUUAUUAGAAUGCAAGAAUUUUGCACAUGAACUGAAAGAGAUGUUAAUAGUAAAGCUGGUUCCACGGAGAGAGAGAAAGUUGUGUGUGUGUGUGAGGGUGUGUGCCUAUGUGUGUAUGUGUAAGUAAAUUGUCAACGUUGUUGGUAGUCGUGCAGUGACAAGGCCAGUUGGCAUUUUGAAGUAUUUACUAUGUAAGAACUAAUGAAUCUGAGCAGUCGUGUACCAGUGCUUUAAUAGCAUCUCCAGUGUCUUUGGAUUCUGUAGUUGUUUUUUAAAAAUUGUAAGAGUUAUUGUGUACAAAAAAGAGAAAGUAAAUUAUUUAACAGAAUAUAGGUCACAAUUUUAUCUUGGAUUUAAUUAAAGUUUAUUUUUGACUGGAAAUUAACUUUUAAAAAGGCUGCAGGGGCCUUCAGAAAUUGAUUAUAUUUUAUUAUUAAUUUUGGGAAGCGAUGACAACAAAUGCCUAACAUUAUGGAAAAGAUGGAACUGGAGAAAAUGUAACGGGUGUUGUUCCCAGGUAACAGGACUGAAAUUCGUUUCUCUUUGCACUCCUUUAUAUGCUGAAGAUUGAGAGACACUUCAUACUGUGAAUGUUUACUAAUGUAACAGUUCAAUGACAAUCAUUGGAAGAAUAAUUUCUUAGUCUUAUUUCAUUCCUCUCUCCUUUUCUUUGUGUGAGACUGAUGACCACACAAGUAACAGCACACGAUUCUCUCCUAUUUUGAAACCUAACUGAUGCACAAAGGGACUGUGAAGUAAAAUUUAGUAACUGAA